AUGAAUGAUAUCACUAUCUGUUUUACCCAGACUCCUUUGCACCUGGCAGUGGUAACGCAACAGAAAGAGGCUGUUGAGGCCCUACUGGAGGCAGGAGCUGAUGCCAGUCUCACUGAUCGCCAUGGAAACACUGCCCUGCAUUUGGCUGCUCAGCAGAACGAGGGCGAUAUGGUGGCAUUGCUGCUGAAGCACAAAGCAGUGGCAGAUUUCGCCAACGUCCCCAACACAGCAGGCCUGUGUCCACUCCACCUUGCUGUGUUGAGCAACAGUCUGACCUCCUUGAGAGCGUUGCUACGGAGCGGUGCCAACGUGGAGGUGCAGGAGCUCACCUCUGGCCGCACGGCUCUUCACCUGGCAGUGGAGCAGGACAAUAUCUCGCUCGCUGGCUGCCUACUGUUAGAGGGUAGCGCAGAUGUGGACAGCUGCACCUACAAUGGUUCCACUCCUCUCCACAUUGCUGCAGGCCGUGGUUCUGUUAAAAUGAGCGCGCUCCUCAUGGCUGCAGGUGCAGAUCCUCAUAAAGAAAACUUUGAGCCACUUUUCUUCAGAGAGGAUGAGAGUUGUGCCGUUGACAAAGAGGAGGAGGAGGAGGAGGAAGAGGAUGAAGGCUAUAUCCCAGGGACAACCCCACUCAACAUGGCUGCCUCAUCAGAGGUACGUGAAAUUCUGACCGGCAAAGAGUACCGACCCGGCACUGUCCCCGUCCCCGUCCCACCAGAAGGGGACAUGAGGAGCCUGACGCAAGAGAGUAAGCGAGCUCUGUGCCAGGCCCUGGAGGAGCAGGCUGGCAGCUGGGAGCGCCUGGCACAGUCUCUGGGACUGGGCAUCCUCACCAGCGCGUUUAGACUGAGCCCUUCCCCCGCCAGCACGCUGCUGGACAGCUACGAGGUAUCUGGGGGAACGGUAAGAGAACUGCUAGAGGGUUUGAAGACCAUCGGCAACAGCAGAGCUCUGACCAUAUUGCAAGAGCAGGGGAUGUCCGAACAAAAGCCCCAUACCAAAAUCAGCACUCAAGAGCUCUCUGAGAAUGUGAUGGAGCUGAAGCUGGGACCUCAUGAGGAAGGAGGGGUGUGUGACAGUGGAGUAGAGACCUCCUUUCAGAAUCCCAGCCUCUUUGUUUCUGAAUCUCUGUGUGGGCAUAUGGACUUGCACCAGAGUCCUGCGCAAGCUGAGGCCUAA